AUGAGUUUGUCGUUGUGUGAUAAGGAGAAUCAAAUUCUGGAAGAAUGGAAAGGACAGUAUAUUGGUGAUAAGUUCAAUGGUGAAGAGUAUUUAAGAAGAAUUCAGGCUACGACAGAAGAUAGUUUGAUAUUUAGGAUUAUUUUUCUGACCCUUUUCAUUAACAACUUCAAAGAAUCAAUGUUGAUGGGGACGAAUCAAAUCAAAGUGGUAAGGAAGUUUGUGUUGGUAGAUGACUUUUCAAAGUUAAACUUGUGUAAAUAUAUGCUUGACUGUUUUCGAUCAAGGAAGAAACUAUGGAAAAGGGAUGAAAAAUCAAGCUACUAUAGUGGUCCUAUUACACUCCUGAUAAUCAAUUUGGGAGGGUUCGGGAGGCAAUUUUGGGAUGACCAUGAGGAUGUUGAUAUGAAGGAUGAAACAGGAGGUGAAGAGGAACAAUUGGUCAGUUUUAAGAGGGAUUUUAGAGAUGAGGAG